AUAUGAGCGAGUUGAUCUGAAACUAGAUUCGAAUCUUCUUAGAAGUUGUGCAUGACGUGUGACUAAAAAUAGACACUGUUCAGGGAGCCAACAUUGUCAUUUUAUAUCAACCAUAAAAUUUCGUAAAGAAUGAACACAUCGCACUAAUCUUGCGGUCCUGUAUACAAGAUGUUAUUUCGGGUGAUGUGAUAGGUCUGCAGCAGUACCGCCUUUUGACAGACAACUAGAAUCAUCUUAUGGAUGUUUAAGGCCUCGACUGUGUCUGCAAGGAAAUUGUCACUUUCCUCUUACCUCAUAUAACAACAGGAACUGUGUGCGACAUGCCACUUUUCUAGAUGAGGUAAUGUCUACUAUCAUGAGCUCAACACUAAACUACGAGUGUAGUUGAAAAACUAAAGAAAAAAACGUCAGACUAUUAAGAUGAAUCCCUCAAGAUUUCGUUAUCCCAAUGCCCGACGGCCACAAACUGGUGAGCGUCCUAUGGGAUUCAUCGGCUUAGGACGCCUAAGGGAUUGGGCGAGACUUCAGAAUGAUCCUUCACAACUUAUCGCUUGGAUGCUGUCAAAUAUUCCAGAACUUGAGAAAUUUCUAAACUCAGGUUCCAUUGACAAUUAUUCUCUUGAACUUUUAAUGAUGUCUCUAAAAUCAGUUUUACAAGUUUCAAACUAUGACCAGAGCUUGACAAAACUGCUCACAAUAUUGGCUACCACCAGAUUUUAUGACCACGUGAUAACAUUUUUAAGGCAUCACAAUAACAUCAACGGUAAAGGGGAGGCUGAGACAUGUUUACAUUUUAUUAUUGAAACAAUUCGAAAGGCGCCAACACUCACAGAAAAUUGCCUGGAAAUACUCAAGUUUAUAUACAAUAACUACCAGAAGUUACGGUGUGACGAAGAACUGCUCCAAAAUGCUCUGGAAAUGUUUACUACGUCAGGUCAAAUUAAGGCAAAGAAGGAAAGACGCCAUCUGAGAAAAUGGCGCGAUGACGAUGAGCCCCCCGAUGACAUCAGAGAUGUUUCCAUCUUCCCAACGAGCCGCGACUUGAACACCGAUUUCACCCCCUUCCUUCGAGCCAAUAAAACUACUGGAGCGUAUCGAGAUGUUGACCACUACUUUGAUGUGAUGUUCCGACUCAUGCGGGAAGACUUUAUCCAACCGUUGAGGGAAGGAAUAGGAAAGUAUCAAAUAAAUGGAGCCGCCCCUGAAGACUCUGAUAUGCUCUUUUAUGAAAAUGUGAAGAUUAUAGGUUUGGAAGUUUUCAAUGGCAUAGACCACAUUCUUAUGUUGGACAUGUCGAAGCUCCAGAAAGUUCGAUGGGACUCGGACCGAAGACUUAUAUUCGGAAGUCUUAUUUGCCUAACCAAUAAUAAUUUUAAGACAAUCAUCUACGCCACUGUCACUCAGAUGGAUAGGAGCGAAAUAAAAAAGGGGAUCUUAAGAGUCCGGUUUCAGAACUGUCUGGAGGACGUCUAUGGUUUUUCGAGUGAGGAGGCUUUAACCUUGACUGAGAAUCCCUCAUUCUUUGAAGCUUACCGCCAUGUCUUAGAAGGACUGCAAGAAAUGGUUGAGAAGCGUCUGCCCAUGGAACAAUAUCUCGUCCGCUGCGAGAAAGAAAUAGAUGCUCCAGCAUAUUUGAAAAGACAGACACAAUACAAUCUAUCAUGUAUUGUUAAGACACGCAGAAUAUCAAGCACUGUGCAGGUUAUUAAAACUGAAAAUUGGCCUGAUUUAGCCUACGUCUGCCUCAACGAGCACCAAUAUAUGGCCGUUAAAGCAGCACUGACGAAAGAACUGACCCUUCUGCAAGGGCCACCCGGGACCGGAAAAACGUUCGUUGGUCUCAAAGUCAUGAGAUCACUGCUGGAAAAUCUGGCCAACACCAGCGCAGCUGGUAGCCCCAUUCUAGUCGUCUGCUACACAAAUCACGCGCUGGAUCAGUUCCUGGAGGAGAUGCUUCCGUUUUGUGGCGACGGAAUCGUUAGAGUCGGAGGGAAGAAUGAUUCCGUCAAAUUAAAACAAUUUAAUUUAAAAGAGCUUCGUUCAAAGCAAAGAGAUUCUAGAUCUACAAUAAACUGUAUCAGAGACUGCCACAGAGAAAUGGAUGAAAUAGGAAAGAAAAUUAAAGCACUGGCUGACAAGAUACAGAUCUCACAUCUGUCAAUUAUUUCAGAAAAAUCAUUACAGAGAUGUAUGUCCUUGCGCCAUUCUCACCAAUUCAACCAGACCUCUGGCAAAAGUAUAAGGCAUUGGUUGUGCGCGUCUGAACUAGAGCUUGAAAACCACAUUCAGUUAGUCGUAGAAGCACAUCUCGUAAAGCUCUUUCUCUCAGAAACUACGAGUUUGAACGAUACCCAUCUUAAUUUUCGUUACAUAAUUCCAGUAGAACAAAGAAAGAAAGUUUACAGAUUUUGGUUAAAACGGUAUGAAAAAAAGACUGGGAUAUUAAACUCAACGAGUUUAAUUAGUGAAAGGGAAUUAAAAGAAUAUGUCAACCCAGAAGUCUACCAAAAAAUAAUAAGACAUUAUGGUAAUUUAAAAGCUUGGCUCCUGGGAUCUAAUGUGAAUGAGAUGGUUGCUGCUAUUGAAGAAAUUCAGCGCAAUUGGCAGCACAAUCAGCUAUUUGACGACUCUGAGGAAUAUAAUCGCAUUAGAGAACAGAGGCAGUUUGACGACGAGAGCGAUGAUGAAGAUGAUAGAAAACAGGCGCCACGUAGCAGGGUAGUUAGAUCACAGACGUCAUUGCUACAGAAGUGUCAUCUUCUAGGUAUAGAUAUAACAAGUGAUGUGACCCAAGAGGUCAGCCACAGAGAAGCUUGGCAGGAAGUGCAGAAAAAGCUAACCUUCAGCCAAGUGAUUAGACUGCUGAGGGUUAGCAAACCAAUGACUACAAAGGAGGAAAACUCAGUUGUUAACAUUUGGACGCUCUCUCUUUCAGAGAAGUAUAGGCUCUACAAGUGCUGGCUUCUAAAAUACCACUCUUCCCUGAAUGCUGAACUAAAAGCCCUUGUUGAAGAAUAUGAAAGUGUGCUCAAAAUCAAACUUGAGCAGAGAGAGAUGCAAGAUGUCAAUAUUUUAAAACAGUCAAAGGUCAUCGGCAUGACUACGACUGGUGCGGCCAAACAUCGUAAAGUGCUACAAAAAAUCGGUCCCAAGAUUGUUGUGGUAGAGGAAGCUGCUGAGGUCCUAGAAGCACACAUCGUCACAGCGCUGAGUGAGCAUUGUCAGCACUUGAUUCUCAUCGGAGACCACCAGCAACUAAGGCCAAAGACUGAGGUCUACCAGCUGGCAAAAAAAUUCGGAUUGGAAAUCUCUCUCUUUGAGAGGCUCGUGAAAAACAACAUUAGCUGCGUUCAGCUAACGGAGCAGCAUCGGAUGAGACCAGAGAUAUCGAAGUACAUGAAACACAUUUACCCAGCGCUAAAGGACAGCAGCUCAGUUCAUGGGAGAGAUCACGUGAUGGGCAUGCACAAAGACAUUUUCUUCAUCAAUCACGACAGACAUGAAGGCGUGAUCCAGAAUAGCAGAAGCAAACUAAAUGAAUACGAGGCUAAGUACCUGCUAAAGCUGGCACUGUACUUAGUAAUCCAGGGCUAUUCAGCAGGGGAGAUAACAAUUCUUGCGACGUAUGGAGGUCAGGUUAACCUUAUAAAGGAAUGCCUGGCAAAUAUGCGAACACAUCGUCUCCAAGGAAUUCGCGUCUCCACAGUGGACAACUUCCAAGGAGAACAAAAUAAAAUCAUAUUGCUUUCUUUGGUCCGCAGCAAUACUCAAGGAAGUGUUGGCUUUCUGAGCACAGACAACCGCAUCUGUGUGGCUUUGUCAAGGGCGCAGUAUGGUAUGUACGUCAUCGGGAACAUAGAUCUUCUCUCUCAACACAGCUCACUUUGGUCGAAAAUUCAAGCCACUGCACAAAGCCAUUCAGAACUAGGCCAAGUUCUAAGAUUAUGCUGCAAGCACCAUCAACGUGUCACUCUGGUAAAAGAUGCCUCAGAUUUUGAUUUGGUGAAAGCUGGAGGCUGCGGACAAGCUUGUAAGCUUCCUUUGUCUUGUGGUCACAUUUGUACUUACCUGUGCCAUGCUGUUAGCCACGAUACUUUGCCUUGUAAAGAACCAUGCGAGAAAAAGUGCCCUAAAGGACAUGCCUGUAAAGGUGUAUGCUCCAAGCAAUGUCCCCCAUGCUCAACAGAAAUCGAAGUCAAACUCAAAUGCAAUCACAUUCUCAAAGUUAAAUGCAGCUUAUAUUCUUCUGCAUCUUCCUAUUCUUGUGUUGAAGAAUGCCAAAAGUUUUGCUUAAAGGGACAUAAGUGUAAAGGAAAAUGCUCGCAAAGUUGUCCUCCCUGUCUAGAAAAACUGAACUGCGGUCACGUCUGCAGUAAUGUGCCAUGCUGUUCCGUUAAACCUACAUACAUUUUAGGGUGCCACGAGAAAUGCCAGAAAGAAUGCCAGAACGGACAUAAAUGCCCAGCUCCCUGUCUAGCAGAAUGCCCAACGUCAUGUGACAAUACUCUCAGAUUAUGUGGCCACAUUUGCGGAAGCAAAUUUAACAUUGUAAGCUCGCAACAUUUACUACCAAUCCGAUUUAGAAAACAGACAUGUUCUCAUCAAUGUCCCAAACUAUGUGCUGGAGGUAGACAUCCAUGUUCGGGAAAAUGCAGCGAACCGUGCCCACCAUGCCAAAGUGUUGUAAGGUACAGAUUAACAUGUGGACAUAUCGGAGUGCUUGAAUGUCACAAAAACCUCGACACUCACAAAUGGCAUUGCAAGGAAUGUCAUGCCAAAAAAAUGACAUUUCCCUGUGGACAUUCUAUAGAAGUCUCAGACCCACCUGUCAAGCAAUGUCCAUAUUGCCUUCUUGAUGACAAGUUUACGAAAUUACAAAUCUAGACGCAUAGGGGCAAGUAACUGAAGUCGAUUUAGUAUUUCUUACAAAAAGUAACUUUUGCCUACAAAACUUUAUAUUUUCAAGAAUUGCACACAAAAAAUGUGAUGUUUACCAUUAAAAGUGUGUGUAUUUUUAAGAAAUUAACAAACUUACCAUGUUGUUGCACAAUCACAGACAUUUAAUCUUUAUGUAUAUGAAUGAUAUUUCUAUUUAUUUUAAUUCUCUAUAUUAAGGAUUAUUAAGAAAAAAUAAUAUAGUCAAACAAUCAUUCUCUUUUUAAAAAGUUUAUUACAAAACUUAUAUUAACCCACUCCGUCUCGUACAUUGUUUGUAUACAGUAUUUCUCCCACUUCCCCUACCAAUGAAAAAUUAAUCAUUGGUAAUUAAUAAUUUGUUGGAUAUCGAAAAGGGGAAAAAAAUCCAAAAGUAUUGCGAUAUAUGGUUGUAAGUGAAAAGUUAGAUAGAUAAUCCUUGCUUUUUAAAAAUAUUUUGUCAAUAUUUUCUUGUUUCAUCUCAAGGUUUAGUUCGCUGGUCAUGGCUCUUUCUUUGAUUCCAAUCAUUUCAAUUUAUUGUAUUUAAUUUGAUAUCUCACUUUUCGUUGUAGUCAGGUAUUACAGACUUAAUUAACAGUAUGGCUAUGUAAUGUUAUGUUAUGUUAUGUUAUGUAAUGUUUAUUGAUAAACACAUUGCACACCAUAUGACAUUGUUAUAAAUAAUAGAAAAGCGAGAUCUAUAUAUUCAACGAUGCCAGAUCCUAUUUUUUAUUUUAGGUGUAAACUCUAAAAUAGUAAUUUGAACUGUCUAUAUUCAUAAUGAGGAAUCCAAGACUGUGAGAAAAAUGACAGCGAAAUGCUGUGCGGGUAUCAGAAACAAGGAAAUGUAGACUUAUGUUUUCUCCGGGUAUUUGGCUUGGAGAUAUAUGUGGUGCCAAAUGAUUUAUAGGACAUUUGACACUUUGACUAAAACUAUUGAACAAACCAAUAGAAGCAACAUCUAGUUAAAAGAAACAAUCUCAUUGUUUUUCCUCUUUGAGACUUUGUUUUUCGUAAGAUUUAGUGCUUAUUUAGAAUUAAUGUUACGAUGUGGACGACAACUAUAGCAAAUACCUUACAGUUUCCCCUCAUCUUAAAUUGCUUUUUUAUUAGCCCCCUCCCCCCGAAAAAUAAAUAAAACACACAUACACCUACACCACCAGCAGGAAGACUUGGAAAUGUCCUUUAAAUUGUCAGUGAUAUAAAACAAAAUAUAGUUAGAUAAGAAUUGAGAUUCCUCUACAAAUGAAUACCUAUUGCUGUCUAUGUUUACUAUUGUCUAUUGCCAUAUCACUAACAAAUCUAUUUGAAAUAUGAUAGAUGCUAAUCAGAUCUAUUCUUUUUUUAAUCGCUCCGUCACUAAAUAUGAAUUGUUGAAUAAAAAGAUGGUUGAACUGGGACUACUUUAGGAAGCGCAAGUUUAAAAAUGUACAUUCUACUUAAUGAUCGAUUCCAAUUGUUAUUGAAGUAGAGUUUAAGUUCAAUGUAAAAUUUUCUUAACGUUUUCUGUAUUGUGGCAUAGUUUGGCCUUUUUGUAUGAUAAUUCCUUUUUGAGUCAGAAUGAAUGUCACUUGAUCGAAAUUAAUAUCCAGAUUUAAUUAUGCUUCUAACAAUAUUUCAAAUGAUCUUGAUUGAAUAUUUAAUGAAAAGUUUGUUGAUCUGUUAAUGUAGUUCAAUGUUGUAUUUAUUUUUAGUAUAUUUUAAAUGGAAUGUCUUGUUAUUAAUGAAUUGAAAUAAAAGAAGUGUAUUACUGGGUGUGAAGAUGUAGUAUAUUUAUGUUCUUUUUAUAUAUGUAACAAUGUUGUAUCAAUCUGCAAUGGUUAUUCCCAUUGAUGUCACGACUGCGUAAUUUUUUAUUUCCACACUAAAUCAUAUUGUUUUAACUACGUU